AUGCCUCGCCAGCUCGCCGUCCUCGGCAGCCAGGCCGCCUACCCAACUCUCGGCAGGCCCUGCUCCGGCUUCCUCUUGAUCUGGGAUGAGCUCACCAUCGUGCUCGACCUCGGCUACGGAACUCUUCAGCCGCUUCUCGCGCGGGGCGUCCAACCGCACGCCAUCGACGCAGUUGUUGUGACGCACGAGCAUCCGGACCACUGGCUCGACCUACACGCCCUGCUGCGGCUGCUCUACUACGGGCCAUCGCCACAGGUACCGUCUACGUCGAAGGCGGCAGGGAACUCGGGACAGGAAGAGCACCGAGCCGACAAGAAGAGGAAGCUCAGUCUGUACUGCACAAGCGGCGUGAUCGAACAGCUCGCCCAUCUAGAGCCAGACCUGCCACUGGAUGCCAUCGCAGAGGUGCACAUCCUCACCCAUCGCUGUACCUAUACCAUCGGCACCUCUUUGCAGCUGACGGGCCUCCUCUUGCCUCACUGGGUCCCCAACAUUGGCGUCCGUCUAGCUCUGCUCCCCGACGACGGCGACGCGCCGCCAGGGCAAGCCCAUCAGCAGGAUGACACCAGCGGCGGCACAGGCAACAGCAGCACCUCGGACUCGCGCGCUAUUCUUGCCUACACCGGCGACACGGGGCCCUCGCCCUUGCUCGCGGAACUUGGCCGAGACGCGCGCGUCUUCAUCGUGGACGCCACGGACCGGCCCGGCGAGGCGGACAGACCUCCCACGGAGCGGUUCCUGAUGACGGCGUCCGAGGCGGGUCGCUGCGCCGCCGAGGCGAGGGCCGGGAUGUUGCUCCUGACGCACUUCUGGCCGGGGAACGACUCGGCUGCGGCGGUUCUCAGGGCGCGGACGGGGUUUGGGGGCGAGGUGUUGGCCGCGGAGCCGGGGAUGGUAUUCGACAUGCCAGGCUCGGCAGGGCCUUGA